AUGAGGCAGCGUGUGCCCAAGCCCCCGGGAGGGGAGCAGAGCCCUGGGCUGGGAAUGGGAUGGCUGCUGGGCGUACGGAGAUGGCGGAUAACGAAUGAUUUUCUGCGUGUCCUUGUGAAUCCCAAAUUUGCCAGCCACCUUUCGGUGAAGCUUUUCCAGGAAGGCAGCCUGGGCCCCGCUCCAGCCUCUUGGGUGCUGCCCAAGGUGGACGGAUUCCAAGGUGCUACGGAGCUGGAGAGCCCCCAGGAGCCGUGUUCCGGCAGCUGGUACGUGGCUGCGGUGAGCUGGGGGAGCGGGGUGCUCGGGGAGGUGGUGCCGGGGCUUUGGCUGAGGAAGGAGGAGAAGGGCGUCAACGUCUCCCAGCCGCCACAGCAGCGGGUGAACCUCUCCCGGUGCUUCAGCUCCGUCGAGCUUUUUGCCAUCCACAACCUGAGCGAGGGCUCUGCCGUGGGGCACAGCGAGUUCAAGGAGUUUUGCCCCACCAUCCUGCAGCAGCUGGAAUCCGGGGCAUGCGCAUCUGAGAAGCUGGAAAACGAGGAAAAUGAGCAGACAGAGGAGAGCAGACCCAGCUCGGCCGAAGUCUGGGGUUACGGUUUCCUCUGCGUGACCGUCAUCUCCCUCUGCUCGCUGGUGGGAGCCAGCGUGGUGCCCUUCAUGAAGAAGACCUUUUACAAGCGGCUGCUCCUCUACUUCAUAGCUCUGGCGAUUGGAACUCUCUACUCCAACGCCCUCUUCCAGCUCAUUCCCGAGGCGUUUGGAUUCAACCCUCAAGAAGCUUAUUACGUUUCCAAAUCCGCCGUGGUGUUCGGGGGCUUCUACCUCUUCUUCUUCACGGAGAAGGUCCUGAAGAUGCUCCUGAAGCAGAAGGACCAGCAUCACCACGGGCACAGCCACUACGGCCCCGAGGCUCUGCCGUCCAAGAAGGACCAGGAGGAAGGGGUCAUCGAGAAGCUGCAGAACGGGGACCUGGACCACAUGAUCCCACACAUAACCAGCGAGCUGGAGUGCAAGAGCCCCUCCGGGGAUGAGAAGGUUGUGGUGGGCUCCCUCUCUGUCCAGGACCUGCAGGCCUCCCAGAGCGCGUGUUACUGGCUGAAGGAGGUGCGGUACUCCGACAUCGGCACGCUGGCGUGGAUGAUCACCCUCAGCGACGGCCUCCACAAUUUCAUCGACGGGUUGGCCAUCGGGGCCUCCUUCACCGUCUCUGUCUUCCAAGGGAUCAGCACCUCCGUGGCCAUCCUCUGUGAGGAGUUCCCACACGAGCUGGGUACCCACUUCUCUGCCAACUGGAUCUUUGCUCUGGCCGGAGGGAUGUUUCUAUACAUCGCGCUGGCUGACAUGGUAAAUGACGAGCCCCAGGGGCUGCCGGGCACGUGGAAGGAUGGAGUUGGGAGACAGGAGCUCCUCUAG